UCGUUGCAGAAUAAUAUAAUUGAAUAAUCGAUAAUUAUUUGUAACUAAUAACAUUUUUUGCGUGCACUUUAGCAGAGUCGCAUAGAUCAUUUUUACAUUAUAUUAUAGUUUGUUAUUUUAUUUGUUGUGUCCAGUGUUAAAUAGUAAUACAGUAAACAUACAUUUUUUAAUAUAAUAGUAACAUCAUGUCUACGAAACAACCGCUAAAGAGUCGUAAAAACCGGACGUAUAAUAAGCGAUGGGUCAUUGUUUUGUUUAUGGAAUCAAACGAUUACAGUGUUGUGCCUGUUAAUUGGCUAAUUUUACCACCAACAUUGGAGCUAACAGCGUUAAACAUUUCAGUAGUUGAAUUUUGUCGAUGGCCUCCAUUUAAUGUUACUAGCGUUGAACUAACAAACGCUUAUGAUCCAGAAGAUUUAUGGGGUUUAUUCAAAAUUAAAAUUUUGUCCAGUAAAAUAUAUGUCAAUUUCAAAGAAGCCUGGCAUCAACGUGUGGAGAUUGAAAGUUCUGCUACAGAAAAUGAAUCUGAAGUACUCAAAAAGAAAAAGAAAAACCACCAAAGAAGUUCAUCUGAAGAUGACAGUGACUUUGAGGAUUGUAGCUUUUCAGUAACACCUAUCAGCAAAAAACUAAAAAAAGAUGUGCCGAUAACAUUUACUGAAUUGCUGGUGAGGAAUUCCGAUGAAGAAUUCAAUUGUGAACUAGAGUCUGUAUCACCACCGGCAGUACAAAUUGCAGCUAGUUCCUCAGUAUCAUACAUAGUUAAUGAUAACAUACAUAUGAUUUGCAGUUCAAAGAAAAAAGAUUUAUCUCUCAUAUCAACAAAAUAUUUUAGAAGAGUACUAAAAGCUGAACAACAAAAAGUAAAUUUGAAUGUUACGUCCAUAGUAAAUAGUAAUAGUAUAAAUUGUGUUAAGACAAAUAUUACAAACAAUGAUUUACCACUAAAAUUAUCAGUAUUGGUGAAAGAUCCCAUGAUACCUGAAUGUUUGUUAAAUACAUUAAAUGUUGAAACCGUCCAAUCCAAUAACUUUAAUUCGGGUUUUGAUGCUUUUAAUGAUCCAGUUAUAACCAAUCAUGACCCUAUGUUGGAAGUUGAUGUACAGAAAAAUGUAUGUAUAACAGAUAAAUUGCGUCUAUUAAUUAUUAAACACAAAGUUUCUCAUAAUUUUUGUAACAGCUUGCUUCAAUUAUUGAAAAGUGAAGGUUUAGACGUUCCAAAAGAUAUUAGGACUUUGAUGAAAACUCCUAAACUCCAUGAUAUUGUCGAUAUUUCUGGUGGUUCCUACAUACAUUUAGGUCUAAGAAAUAUGCUACUACCUAUUUUAAUUAAAAAUAAUGCUCAAAUAUAUAUUAAAUCCCAUGUAUUAGAGAUAGGUCUCAAUAUAGAUGGCCUUCCUGUAUCUAAAAGUUCUAAAAGUCAAAUUUGGCCAGCAUUAAUAUCAAUUUUAAAUUUUAAAGAGCUAAAAGAAAAUGUUAUACCUAUAGGCAUUUUCCAUGGAUUUCAAAAACCCCUUUCUAUUGAAGAAUUCUUAAAUCCAUUAAUAAUAGAUUUAUUGGAUGUGUUAGAUAAUGGGUUGACUGUAAAUGGGUUGUUUUUUACUGUAAAUAUUUCAAAUGUUUCAUGUGAUAGCCCGGCGAAGGCGUUUUUACUUAAUGUUAAGGGUCAUAAUGCAUAUUUUGGCUGUACAUUAUGUAUAGAGGAAGGUACAUAUUUGGAACAUCGUAUGACUUAUCCUGGUUUAGAUGCAACAUUAAGAACUGAUGAGUCUUUCAGAAGUAAAAAAGAUGAGGAUUACCAUAAAGGCAAUAGUCCUUUAGUUUGUUUACCAAUUAAUAUAAUCAAUACAGUUGUGUUAGAUUACAUGCAUAAUGUAUGCCUAGGUGUAGUUAAAAAAUUAGUUGAAUUUUGGGUGAAAGGUAAUAAGCAAGUAAGAUUGGAAAAAGAUAAAAAAGAAAAAAUAAAUAAUGAGUUAAAAAAAUUAAGACCUUAUGUACCUUCUGAGAUAUGUCGCUUACCCAGGGCGCUAGAUGAAAUUGAACAUUAUAAAGCCACAGAACUUAGAACUUUUUUAUUAUAUACCGGUCAAAUAGUUCUAAAGGGUAACUUAAAAAAAAAGUUUUAUUAUCAUUUCCUAUUGUUGGUUUAUGCAAUUAGAAUUUUAAUUUGUUCUGAAACCUGUUCUAAAUAUAAUGAAUUAUCAACACAGUUUCUAAAGAAAUUUGUUAAUGAUUAUUCUGCAUUAUAUGGUUCUCAUUACAUAUCUUAUAAUGUACAUAGUUUAAUUCACUUACCAUUUUAUGUUCUUCUUCAUGGUCCAUUAGACAAUUUUAGUUGUUUUCGUUAUGAAAAUUAUUUACAAGAAAUAAAAAAAUCUAUCAAGUCAAUCAAAUAUCCUCUGCAAGAAAUCUUCAAUAGAAUAGUAGAAAAACAAAAAAUGUAUGAUACACUUCCUGCUCAAUUACAUAAACAAUAUCCUGUCUUAAGCAAUGAAAUAAUACACAGUAAUCCUUCACCUCUCUUUAAUAUAAAUGAUAAACUUUUUGAAAAAAUCACUUUAGAACUAACAAGUACAAUUAUAAAUGUUCUUAAAGAAAAAGAUAGAUACAUAAUGCUUACUAAUAACACUCUUGUUAUGGUUCAGCAUAUUGUUCAACCGAAAAAUGAACCUCCUAAUUUAAUUGUAAAACAGUUCAUCAGCUGUUCUGAAUUUACUAAUACACCAGAAUCUUCUUUCAAAAUCGGGGUUUACAUGGUUGACACUUCUAAAAUGUCCGAAUUAUAUUGUAUUAAUUUAACUGAUAUAAAAUACAAAUGUUUUUUUAUUAGACUAUCCGACAAUUUGGCAUUGAUCUCAACACUUUGUCAUUUAGAGACCUAAUUAGCGUGUACCUUCAGUCUAAAAUUAACACAUUAUUAAGUCAUUCAAACAAAAUAUAUUAUUCUGUUUAUAUUAUAUUAUCAUUAAUGUUAUUUUGCAAAGUACAUUUUUAACUGUAUACCUAUUAUUUUAUAA